UGUGUCUCUUCUAAGAGUUGGCUUUUUCUCGACUUCUCGUCUUUUCAUUUCAAGCGUGGCUUUAGUGGGGCCUUAAUAUAAGCAAUAAUUCGCGAACAUUCAAAUGAAGAAGACAACGAUGCGUUUUACUUUUAUGUUUAAGACUUUAUGCGUCUUUCCUCCCAGACACGUUUGAAAAUGUUUGUUAAAGCUUCAAAAUCCAUUAAAAAACCGUGAACAUACAAAUGAAGAAGACAAUGAUGCCGUUUUACUUUUAUGUUUACGACUUUAUGCGUCUCUCCUCCCUACACGUUUCAAUUUCAAUUGUUAAUUAAACAUUCAAAAAUCCACACAAAAAACCGUGAACGGCAGGAUUCGAACCUGCGCGGGCAAAGCCCACAUGAUUUCUAGUCAUGCCCGAUAACCACUCCGGCACGUCCACAUCUUGUGACAAUUGAUCUCUAAUAAAUAUCUUUUGUUACUUUAUAUGGUCAAACUCUUUCUAUUUGUCCCAGAUACGGAUCCAAAACUGAACGUGUCGAGCUAUAGUAAUAGUUUUAUGCCAACUGGAUAUCAUCAAAGACUGACAAUAGAAUAGAUUUUAUCAAUGACUAAUUCUACGUUAGUCAAACUAUUUAAAUUAUUGUUCAUUGGCUUUACUAUCUAUAACCUUAUCUCCGUUGUCGUCACCACGUUGUCCUAGAUUAUCACGAAACUCUAUAUUAUUAUUAUCUUAUUCUAUCAAUACUUAUUCUCAUUUAUAAGAACAAGAAGAAAGCAGGAAGAAACACAAACACACCAUAAGAGAUGGAGGAAAUGAAACCAUGCACCGCGAACUCACCGCCGUUGACGCCGUUAGGCUUCUUGGAGAGAGCCGCCACCGUCUACGGUGACUGUACUUCCAUCGUGUACGGUACCAACACCGUGUACACGUGGCGAGAGACAAACCUCCGCUGCUUACGCGUCGCGUCGUCUCUGUCAUCGCUCGGGAUCGGCAGGUCCGACGUCAUCUCCGUCCUCUCUCCCAACACUCCGGCGAUGUACGAGCUCCAGUUCGCUGUUCCGAUGACCGGAGCCAUCCUCAACAACCUCAACACGCGUCUCGACGCUCGCACCGUCUCUGUUCUUCUCCGCCACUGCGGAUCCAAGCUUCUCUUCGUCGACGUCUUCUCUAGCGAAAUCGCCGUCGAGGCGGCGGCGAUGAUGUCUGAUCCGCCUGUUCUCGUCUUCGUCGCCGAUAAAGAAGAGGAAGGAGGUGCUGACGUGGCCGAUCGUAGCAAGAGUUUCCGUUACACUUACGAUGAGCUUGUGGAGAGAGGGGACCCGAGCUUUAAAUGGAUCCGACCCGAAAGCGAGUGGGACCCGGUUGUGCUCAAUUAUACAUCCGGUACGACCUCGGCUCCUAAAGGAGUGGUACACUGCCACAGAGGAAUAUUCGUUAUGUCGAUCGAUUCAUUAAUCGAUUGGACCGUACCGAAAAAUCCGGUUUACUUGUGGACCCUACCGAUAUUCCACGCUAACGGCUGGAGCUACCCGUGGGGGAUCGCUGCCGUCGGAGGGACUAACGUGUGUCUACGUAAGUUCGACGCGCCGCUUAUCUACCGUUUGAUCAGUGAUCACGGCGUCACGCAUAUGUGCGGAGCUCCGGUUGUGCUCAACAUGUUGUCGGCGAGUCAAGACUCUCAGCCUCUUAAACAUCCGGUUAACAUCUUAACCGCCGGUGCUCCGCCUCCCGCCGCCGUUCUCCUCCGCGCUGAGUCAAAAGGUUUUAAGAUCAGUCACGGUUACGGGUUAACCGAAACCGCCGGUUUAAACGUCUCAUGCGCGUGGAAGCCGCAGUGGAACCGGUUACCGGCGAGCGAGAGGGCGAGGCUGAAGGCGAGGCAGGGGGUGAGGACCGUCGGGUUUACGGAGAUCGACGUGGUGGAUCCUGGAACGGGCCUUAGCGUUGAGAGAAACGGAGAAACUGUGGGAGAGAUUGUGAUGAGAGGGAGUUCGAUCAUGCUCGGUUACUUGAAAGAUCCUGUCGGAACAGAGAAGGCUCUGAAGAACGGGUGGUUCUUCACAGGAGAUGUUGGGGUGAUUCAUUCAGACGGGUACUUAGAGAUUAAAGAUAGGUCGAAAGAUAUAAUCAUAACGGGAGGAGAGAACGUGAGUAGCGUGGAGGUUGAGGCGGUUCUGUACACGAACCCGGCUGUGAAUGAAGUGGCCGUGGUUGCGAGACCGGACGAGUUUUGGGGAGAGACGCCGUGUGCGUUUGUGAGUUUGAAACCUGGUUUGACUAGAAAACCGACAGAGGGAGAGUUGAUAGAGUAUUGUAGGAAGAAGAUGCCAAGGUAUAUGGUGCCCAAGACGGUGUCGUUUAGGGAUGAGUUGCCUAAGACUUCGACUGGUAAGGUUAUGAAGUUUGUGCUUAGGGAUAUUGCGAAGAAGAUGGGCUCGACGAGGUUGAGUCGUAUGUAAUAUGAAUUAUGCAUGUACUUUGUUAUAAGAAAGUGUUUACAAGCGUGUUAUCUUUGGCUAUAAAUGGAAUAGUACGAAUCUAACCUAUACUAAAAGGGAUAUAUGAGGAGUAGGGAGGCUGUCCACGUCCUCAAUUAAAAUCAGCCAAUAAAGUGAGUUUAUUUGUCCAUGUCACACUCAGUUUGGGCUUUGGUUUUUUUUAUCCGUAAUGUGAAGUAUUUGCCCAUAAGCCUGAUCCAAGAGAAGCCCUAAAAUAUGAGACGAUGAAUUCUUCUCCAUUAUUAUUUGUGGGCUCCACGUUCUGUCUGGUUUAUUUUGGUCGUAAAGGUUUGUGUUUGAUCUGAUUUGGGUUUUCCACAUUUGGUUCCAUAAUUAAGUCAAAAUUUGCGUUUUAUGCUUGAAUGGAUUAGGGCUUCAUCAUUAUCUUUCUUCUUCCCCAUUCAACUUCGCCGUCUACACUUAUCUUAAUCUGCAAACCUAAUGAUUGCAAACGUAAAGGUUGACAUCGCCAUCUCCGUACCCAACAUUUAUUCCUCUCUUUACCACCUCUUCCGGUUCCCGAUGUUGUCCCUGAAUCCACCGCUCUGUUUCGGCCGGCGAGACCACAAAACGAUCCAUGGAGGAUGCCCCUGACAUAUCAUGGGGCUGCAAUAUAGAUUCAGUCGAAAACGCCACUUCUCUUCAGAGAUGGCUAACCAAUUCAGGCCUCCCGCCGCAGAAAAUGGUUGUCGACAGAGUCGACAUCAGAGAGAGAGAGAGGUGGGAGUCUCGGAAUGAAAUAUCAACGAACAAACACUUUCUUAAGUUAAAUUCAAAGGAAUGUGCUCAGCUUACUUCUCAGUGCGCUCAUCUACAAGACCGAACGAUGGCUCUUGCCAAGGAGCUGGCAUCACUUAAAUUGGUUUCCGACAUAAGCUUGGAGGAAGUUGAUGUGCUGAAGCUUGCUUUUUUUGAGAAUAACGCAAAAGACAAAAGAUACAAUAGACACACCGGGUUUGUUUCCUGUGAGAUUGUGGUUUCGGCCUAUAUUGGUUUGUGGUUUCGGCCUAUAUUGGUUUGUGGUUUCCUCAAGUCUCUGUUCUAUUCGUAUGGUCUCAGCCCGUGCUUAUUCAGGUUCUUUGGGAACUUGCGUUCGAUUGUCGUCUGUGUGGAGCUGGUUUUUUGGUUCUGAUAAGAAACACUUUCCCUCUUUUUAAUUAUUCUGCCUCAGUGUUGAUUUCUUCCUUUUGGUGAUUCAAAAGGUUGUCCAGUAGUGUGGAAAGGUUGUUUGUGUUUUUAUGGUCUGUAAUAAUCAUACUUCAAAUUACGUUAAUGCAAUUCAAUGAUGAACAAAAAAAAAAACAAUAGACACACCUGUCAAGUCCUUGGUUACUCGAAACAGGUAGGUACAUAGCUUAUGUUUUGUUACAGCUUCCCUUCUCUCAUUUUAUCAUGUAGGUACUAUUGAUGAGGUCCCCAUGACUACUACUGUGACCAAACUCCAGAAAUUCAUGCUUCUGAAGUUCAACCAUCUUCAAGCUCUUGCAAACUUUCUUUGAACUCCCUGAUAUAGUUGGCCAAAUCCGUUCAAGACUCUAACAUAAACAACUCUGUUCAAGGCUCUGACAUAAACAACUCUGCUGCAACAACCCGAUUAUGCAUGAAAGUUGGUGUCCCAAUCAUGCUGCCGCGCAACCUAAACCAAGAAGAAGGCUUGAGAAAGAGUUAUCGAAGCAGAAGUGUGUGUGCUGAUACCAAGAAACAAACUAUCACCGACAGAAAACAAACAUCUAUUCACUCUAAGAAGCCGCCAGUUUCCAGUACAUAUAUCCUGGGGAUUUUAACAUUACCAGGGUCACGUGACUAACGACAUUGCCAACAUCGUUUACAGAAAAGCCUUCAAUGGCCUCCCACAAUCACCGGUUUAGAAGAAGACUAUGAGAGUUUCGCCAACAUGGUUUCCUCUGUUUCUUUCUCUGUUCUGUCUGUAUCUGUCCAAAGAAUCAUCAAAUGGGAUCCACUGAACUACAAGACACAGAUUUCUUUAGCUCUUUUUCUGAGAACUUACACUCAACGUUCUUCACUCCAACCACAAGCUCGCUCUGAUCUGACUCGGACACGGAUUCACCAAAGCCAUAAAACGAGGAUGAAGAUCGUAGAGUUGACUCGGUAGAUGAGUAACUAUAUGAGCAUCAGAAGUCUUGUGGUGGAGACAACCUAUUAUGAUUCCUUUUCAAUCAAAAGAAGCUUUAAUCGAUGAGCAGAUCCGAUCUGUUCAGGCAAACUUCCAAAACUAGAAGGAGAAAGACGAGCAGCGAAAUGAUGAUGCAUUUAAACAUAAAGCAAGGAGCUACCACAACCAACAGAGAGACCAAAGUCCGCUGUGAAGGCGGAGUUCGUUGACGGGUCAUUCGAGAACCAGGUCAGGUGGAACUGAGUGUUCUUGCCAGGCAGGCAUGGUACUGCUGGGGAGUCACGCAAAAAAGUAGUUUCAUAUUAAUUUAGCAUUGUUACUUCUUCUUUUUUAAGUCAAUCAAGAACUCCAUUAUAAGUUUUUGUUUUGUUUUCUAUUAACGAGAUGUGGUUUUAAAGAAGGCUACAUAUUAUAUAUAAUGGACAACAGUUAAAAGAAAGAGAUGAAAUGACGUUGUCUA